CGACGGCCGGGCCGUUUCCGGUGUGAGGGCCGCGGCGGGAGCGCUCCGCUGGAGCCGCUGGGAGCCGCCGGAAACCGCUGGGAACCUAGGCCAGGCUCUGCCGUGCCCUGCCCUGCCCUGCCCUGCCCUGCCCUGCCCUGCCCUGCCCUGCCCUGCCCUGCCCUGCCCUGCCCGCGGCAUGUCGGAGAGACCCGAAGAUCCCGCGGGGGGCCCCCCAGGCUCCCCUACCCCGGACGCCGCCGGUGCCACCGAGCCGCGGAUCAUCAAAGUCACGGUGAAGACUCCCAAGGAAAAGGAGGAGUUCGCCGUAUCCGAGACCAGCAGCAUCCGGCAGUUCAAGGAAGAAAUCUCUAAGCGUUUCAAGUCCCACACAGAUCAGCUUGUGUUGAUAUUUGCUGGAAAAAUUUUAAAAGAUCAAGAUACUUUGACUCAGCACGGAAUUCAUGAUGGACUCACUGUUCACCUGGUUAUCAAAACGCAAAACAGAUCACAAGACCACCCAACUCAACAGGCAAACACCACUGGGAGUGCUGCUACCACUUCAAUAUCAAGCACUAGUACUUCAACACCAGCUUCAACAAAUAGUAACCCUUUUGGCUUGGGUGGCCUUGGAGGUUUGGCAGGUCUGAGUAGCCUGGGCUUAAAUACUUCAAACUUCUCGGAGUUGCAAAGUCAGAUGCAACGGCAACUUAUGUCCAACCCAGAAAUGAUGGUUCAGAUAAUGGAAAAUCCAUUUGUUCAGAGCAUGCUUUCAAAUCCUGACCUGAUGAGGCAGUUAAUUAUGGCUAACCCUCAAAUGCAGCAACUGAUACAGAGAAAUCCAGAAAUCAGUCACAUGCUGAAUAAUCCAGAUAUAAUGAGACAGACACUAGAACUUGCUAGAAACCCUGCAAUGAUGCAGGAAAUGAUGCGAAACCAGGAUCGGGCCUUGAGCAACCUUGAAAGUAUACCAGGGGGAUACAAUGCCUUGCGACGCAUGUACACAGAUAUUCAGGAGCCAAUACUGAAUGCAGCACAGGAACAGUUUGGAGGUAACCCAUUUGCUUCUUUAGUAAGCAAUGCGUCAACAGGAGGGGACAGUCAGCCAUCCCGUACAGAAAAUAGAGAUCCUCUGCCAAAUCCGUGGGCUUCUCAGUCCAGCUCACAGACUUCCACAACAAAUACCAGCACUAGUGGUGAGAGCAGUGGCAGUAGUAAUGCUGAAAAUAGCACUUCUGGCACUACAGGACAGAGCUCAACUGGACCAAAUUUGGGGCCUGGACUAGGAGCUGGUAUGUUCAACACACCAGGAAUGCAGAGCUUACUGCAGCAGAUAACAGAAAACCCGCAACUUAUGCAGAAUAUGUUGUCUGCACCCUACAUGAGAAGCAUGAUGCAAUCAUUAAGCCAGAAUCCUGAUCUUGCAGUACAGAUGAUGUUGAAUAAUCCUUUAUUUGUUGGAAAUCCUCAGCUUCAGGAACAAAUGAGACAACAACUUCCAACUUUCCUUCAGCAAAUGCAGAAUCCUGACACAUUAUCAGCUAUGUCAAACCCUAGAGCAAUGCAGGCUUUGCUACAGAUUCAGCAGGGCUUGCAGACAUUAGCAACAGAAGCACCGGGGCUUAUACCAGGAUUUAAUCCUGGUUUAGGUGGAUUGGGAAGCAGUGGAGCUCCUACAGAGUCCACUGUACCUAGUUCUGCUUCAACUGAAAAUACAAGUCCAGCUUCAGGAGCUGCUGAACCUGGUCACCAGCAGUUUGUCCACCAGAUGUUGCAGGCACUUGCUGGUGCAAAUGCUCAGCAGUUACAAAACCCAGAAGUUCGAUUUCAGCAACAACUGGAACAACUGAGUGCAAUGGGCUUUCUGAACCGCGAAGCAAAUUUACAAGCACUAAUAGCAACAGGAGGAGACAUCAAUGCAGCUAUUGAAAGGCUGCUUGGCUCUCAGCCUUCAUAGCAGUGUUUCUUUUAACUUUAAAAAAUGUAAUUUAUUUUUGAUAACAGCUCUUAAAUCUUUCAAAUUGCUUUAUUUCAUUCUGACUCUUGGGAUUGUCUUGUUAUAACUAAAACCAGCCUGAUGCAUUUGAAGGUGGAGUGCAGUAAUUUUCUUCAAACAGUGGGAAUCAAUGCAUCUUCACUUUCUUGAAUGCAUCAGUAAUUUUGUUCUGCAUUAUUUGUGAUUUUUUUUGAAACAAUAUCAGCUUUCACAGUUGGAUGAACAAGUUUUGUCUGACCUACAAAUGGCCAAUGUAUUUACUACCUAAACAGUAUCCUUUAGUAGUAAUUUAUGUAGAUUACAAAUUAAAAAAGGAAACAAAUUAAUUGAAGCUGUGGGUACCAAUACUGCUCAUUGUGAUUUUGGCAUGUUGUUUUUCUUGACUAGCAAAAUGCUGGAAGAUUUAUACCACUUGAGUAAUGUACCAUCUUUUGCUUUAAAUUGUAAAAACACAAUAUAUACAAUGCAGACAGCUCAUUUCUAGAGAUUUACACCUUACAAUAGAAUGAGAUUGUAAGUAAUGGGAAAAAAAAACAACCAACAAAACCCCCACAAACACCAAAAAAAGAACACAGGAAAAAAACUCACAGGACUUGGAUUUGGUGUAGAAUCUUCCAGGAUCUUUGGUAACCAUUUCAGAAAAAAAUGCUUAAGCAAGUUCAGUUAAAAUAUACUAGAAUUACUGUUCUGGUUGUCUCUUUACAGUUAACUGUACAGAAACUUGCAUUAUAACAUUAUCUCAGUAUUCACAAAGAUUAACUGUAAAUUACUUUUGUCAUUGCGCAAAUUAAAGGGUGCAGAGCCUUGUGCUCUGGAAUUGCUUCUAAGGCUUUUUGGCUUGUUCCACUGAGAUUCUAACAUAUUCUGAUUUGUAAUUGGAGAAUUAUUUUCAUUCAUGGUCAUAUGAUACUCUAAUUACUUUUAACCACCAAGUAAAAAUACUGUAUAGCUUUUGAGUUUCUAUUGGUAGUUACUUCUCUUGUGCACAGGUAAUAAAUGAAUUAAAAAAAUCUUUAAGCA